AUGGCGUCUGCAUUGCCAUCUACAUCCGCCAACGGUGGGUCACCAAAAAGUGAGAAGCCGAAUAAAGAAACCGAUGACAAGGUGGACCCUUACAUUCGUAUACGUGUAAUAACUUCCGAUAGGUCCAACGAAGUACAUUUCCGUUUGAAACUAUAUGUAUCGAUGAGCCGUAUGAAACGCGCAUACGCCCAAAAGUUGGGUCAAAACGCUGAUGAGUUGCGUUUUGUGUUCGAUGGUCAUCGUAUUACUGAUUUCGAUACACCAAAAUCACUGGGUAUGGUCGAUGACGAUGUUGUCGAAAUAUAUCAGGAAAGAACUGGGGGAGGUAUGUAA